CUCACGGCUCACGGGCGAACGAUGGUCACCACUCGCCACCUUGUGCUAAGCCCUGCCGUGUUCGUGCAGCGCUGUCCCCCCGCUGCGUCGUCGCCUCCUCCUCCCCCUCUCCCACUCCACUCCGCCCUGCCUCGCCCGAUUCAGCUCUGCAGCUCAAAGCAGCAGCCCGACCCAAGGAGGAGGAACGAAGGAGCUACCCGGAAGGAGAACCGCGCCGCCGCUGCCACCGCUCGAGCUCAUCUCCAUCCCGCCGGCCGACCGAGCGAUGGCCGCCAUGAGGCACCGGGCGCGGUCCUCCCCCACCUCCCCGCUCACCCCGUCCUCCAGCGCCAGAACAAAGAAGAUACUUGGUUUCUCUGUAUCUCUCAUCCUCAUUAAUCUGGCUUCAAUCAUGGAGCGUGCGGAUGAGAAUCUCCUUCCAGCAGUUUACAAGGAAGUCAGUGCAGCCUUCAACGCUGGUCCUACUGAUCUGGGAUACCUCACGUUUCUAAUGAACUUUCUGAAGUCAAUAGCAUCUCCCUUGGCAGGUAUCCUUGCUCUUCAUUAUGACCGGCCCACAGUGCUCGCAAUAGGGACCGUCUUCUGGGCCUUAUCAACAGGGGCUGUCGGUGUUAGCCAGCAUUUUGGGCAGGUUGCAUUCUGGAGAGCUGUAAACGGCCUUGGGCUUGCCAUUGUAAUACCAGCGCUCCAGUCAUUCAUUGCUGAUAGCUACAAAGAUGGUACACGUGGCGCAGGAUUUGGUUUGUUAAGCCUCAUCGGUGCUGUAGGUGGUAUAGGUGGUAGCAUUUUGGCAACAAUCAUGGCUGGGAAAGACUACUGGGGAUUCCCAGGAUGGCGUGUUGCAUUUAUGAUGGUCGCACUUGUCAGCUUGAUAAUUGGAAUUCUUGUGUACUUGUAUGCAACUGAUCCAAGAAGGAUACCUGGUAAUAAUCUUCUUGAUGAAGAUGAUUAUGAGAGGUUUCAUUUGUCUAGCAAAGAUGUUCUUCCUCCGCCUUCUAUCUGGAGGGACUCUUGGGUGGCAACAAGAUCUGUUAUGAAAGUGAAGACCUUCCAGAUCAUUGUCCUACAAGGGAUAAUUGGCUCAUUGCCAUGGACUGCCAUAGUUUUCUUCACAAUGUGGUUUGAACUCAUUGGUUUCGACAAUAACAGUUCAGCAGCGCUGAACAGCCUAUUCGCGAUCGGGUGUGCCAGUGGAGCGUUUAUUGGAGGGGUGAUAGCAGACCGCCUGUCAAAGCACUUCCCAGAUUCGGCACGCGUCAUGUGUGCCCAGUUCAGUGCCUUCAUGGGCAUUCCAUUCUCAUGGAUCCUCCUCACAGUCAUCCCCCAGUCAGUUGACUACUGGUACGCCUUCGCCGUCACCCUCUUCUUCAUGGGCAUCACGAUAAGUUGGUGCGCCACUUCUGCGAACAACCCCAUGUUUGCGGAGGUGGUCCCUCCAAAGCACCGCACCAUGAUCUAUGCCUUCGACCGUGCAUUUGAAGGCUCUUUCGCCUCCCUAGCCGCCCCUGCUGUGGGCCUGGUCACGGAGAAGAUAUACGGCUACGACGCAAAGACUGUGAACCUCGCAAACGGAUCUGCGGAAGGGGCGUACGCGCUCUCGAGGGGGCUGCUGACAAUGAUGAUUGUGCCUUUCGGUGUCUGCGUCCUGUUCUACAGCCCCCUGUACCUUGUGUUCAAGCGCGACAGAGAGAACGCGAAACUGGCCAGCUUCAAGGAGCAGGAGCUAGUGUGAUGACGUGAAUGUGCUGUCUUGUUCAGCAUUCAGCACCUCUCGGCGUCGCCAUCUCCGGGUUAUCUGAUAGAAAUUCUGGCACUGUGCAAAAGAGAAAGUGCUGAUUGAAGGCAAAGCCUGUCCUGUUUGUGCUGACUGCGCAUGCAACAAGCCAUUUUGUUUUCAGUGGCUACCUGGUCAUGACUCGUGAAAGACUGGAGGGAAGUGAAAGAAAGAUCUCGUUGUGACUCUUUAACAGAGAGAAUUCAAGCUCCCACUUGUGCUGGCCGGCGCAUUUUUUUUGUUUCUUUUCUUUUUGCUUUUGUAAACCUGAACCAUAGAGACAAGCUGAUGUGACUUGGUGGCUUGCUAGUUUUAACAGAUUCACAAAUGUCUCAUUGAUCAAGGAGACCAAUCCAGUUUUCAAUUCAUACUUA